GGCGGGUGACGUCAGCACGUAGCGGAGAGCACGCGGUGGCAGUGGCCGGCGGCUUCUGUGAAAGAGGCGGAAACAGGUAUCAAACGGAAUCGAAGUGCUCGACAGGGACAUGGCAGCUAGUGGGCGGCUUCUGUUGAGUUCGCCGCUGAGGUGGUUGCGAUACUCGGGCUGCUACAAGAAUCGAGGCCUGGUUUUGUCUGGAGGAGCCCGGGAGACUGGCAGCGAGGGCUCUGGCCGACGUUUGCUGUUCACGGCUGCCCCGUUGCAGAGUUCAGAAGAUAAAAUCAAGGUCAAUUUUGUUAACCGUGAUGGAGAGAAACUUAAAGCAGAGGGCAAUUUAGGUGAUUCUCUAUUAGACGUCAUCGAAAAUAAUUUGGACAUUGAUGGUUUUGGUGCUUGUGAGGGAACCUUGGCUUGCUCUACAUGUCAUCUAAUUUUUGAGGACCACAUUUAUAAGAAAUUGGAUAGCAGUACAGAUGAAGAAAUGGAUAUGUUGGACCUAGCAUAUGGCCUCACUGACACCUCUCGUUUGGGUUGCCAGAUCUGCCUUAAGAAGUGGAUGGAUGGAAUGACUGUAGAAGUUCCAACUGGUAUUUCUGAUGCAAGACCAGCCAAUGACUUUAGCUCAGGCUCCUAAAGUGAUCAGUCUAAAGUGUACAUAGCUCAAUUUUCUUCAAUCAGGAUAUGACUGUUCUACAGAACAAUUAUUCUGAAUAAAAUCUUUAGUAAGACUGAGUUACAUAAUAUUGAAUUUAUAAAAAGGUAGUCUAUUUUAAUUUGUAGAGAAUAACCACUUUUAGGCUAUGUCAGUUCAAAUACUCAUAUUGAUAAAGUGACCAUCUACUGAAUGGGGUACAUAUAGUUUGAGAACAUAAAAGCUUUGUGGGUGAUGAACUAAUUAAAUAUCAUAAUAUUAAGAUUAAUUCUUUACAUCUUUGAAAGUUAUACUGCAAAUGUAUCAUUUGAUGUGUUUAUGGUAAACUUUUAUUGGCAUCUUUAUGGCAUUAAUACAGGCAAUAUUAGAAACCAAAACACCAUAAAUGUUUUAGCUGCAAAGGCACGCAAUUUUUCUUAGAGUAUAACAAGUUGGACGGGGAAGAGAGGUGCAAAGGAAGGGAAGUAUUCUAAGAGAAAUCCUAAGAACUUUCUACAGGGGCACAAUUGAGAGCAUCCUGACUGGCUGCAUUACUGCCUGGUAUGGGAACUGUAUCUCCCUUAAUCACAGGACUCUGCAGAGAGUGGUGCAGACAGCCCAGCGCAUUUGAGGUUGUGAACUUCCCAUGAUUCAGGACAUUUAGAAGGACAGGUGUAUAAAAAGGGCUUGUAGGAUCAUUAGGGAUCCAAGUUAUCCUAACCACUAAACACUAUCUCUUGCCCAUCCUCUGGGUCACCCCCCCCCCCGUCUUUCUUCCCGGACCUCCUGUCCCAUGAUCCUCUCGUAUCCCCUUUUGCCUAUCACCUGUCCAGCUCUCGGCUCUAUCCCUCCCCCUCCUGUCUUCUCCUAUCAUUUUGCAUCUCCCCCUCCCCCUCCCCCUCCAGCUUUCAAAUCCCUUACUCACUCUUCCUUCAGUUAGUCCUGACGAAGGGUCUCGGCCUGAAACGUCGACUGCGCCUCUUCCUAUAGAUGCUGCCUGGCCUGCUGCGUUCACCAGCAACUUUGAUGUGUGUCACUAUCUAUUUCAGCUGCUACCAUUCGGGAAGCAGUACCUCAGCAUAAAAUCCAGGACCAAUAGGCUCUGGGACAGCUGCUUCCAUCAGACUGAUGAACUCACACUGAUUUGAGUGUACUCUAUAUUACAUUGACUGUUCUGUAUAUAUUAUAAAUUACUAUGAUUGCACAUGGCAUAUUUAGAUAGGGAUGUAACAUAAAGAUUUUUACUUCUCAUGUAUGUGAAGGAUGUAAGAAAUAAAGUCAAUUCAAUUAACCAUGAAAAUAAAAACAGACAGUACUGUAGGAAUUCAAGUUCCAUUUGCAGAGAGAAACAGUUAAUGAUUUAGGUCAAUCAAUGAUCUUUCAUCAGACCUGGGAACAUUUAGAAACUGAAUGUCAUUUGUGUUGCAGAAAACAGAUACUGAUGAAGAGAACAAAGCAAAUGACUGUGAUAACAUAAGAAACACUAGUAUCCUAAUGGGCUCUCUAGCCUCCUCCACCAUUUUGUAAGAUUACCGUGUAUCCAAUCUCGGCCUUUGCUCCAUUUUCCUGCUCUCUUUGAGUCUUUUGUAACUUAAAAUAUCUAACACUUCACUGGAAAUUAUUUUUUCACAAACCUCGAAGAGAAAUAAUUCCUACCUCCCCCUUUCUUAAAUGGAAACAAUGCACCCUAUUUCUGGAAGGUCCCUAUAUGGAGCCUUUUCUAGGAAUGCAAACACCCUCUCCCACCACAACAUGGGGGUGAUGUGUAUUCCACUUUUUGCAGCCCCUAAACACCAGCUUAAAGGCAGCACAUGCUUAAUGGAGGGGAAAAAAGGCCAAACCAUGUUUGAGCUCAUUCCAUUAAAUCAGGAGUUCCAAACCUUUUUUAUGGCAUGGACCCCUACCAUUAACCAAAGGAUCUGUGGACCCCAAGGGUGGGAACCCCUGCAUUAAACAGUAUAGCAGCAGAGUAUUUUACGAAGUAACUUGGAUGCAGAAAAUGCUCUGGUAAGAGUAUGGGAACUUCUGGAGUACGUGCAGUUACUGCUGGUUUCAGCCAUUCUGCAGAGCAUAUGGAACAUUAUGGUAAAGAAGUAUUCCGGAUAAGUUCUGGAAGUUGACUGCCUUUCACACAUGAGCUAGUGUGCUAUUCCCAUUACAAAUGUUAAAAUUUCUUACCAAGGCCAUUCUGUCAAUUGGUUUCUGGAUGCCUACACAUUGUUGCUACACUGUAAUGAAAAAAGAAAAUGCUGAAAACACUCAGUAGGUCAGGCAGCUUCUGCGGAAAGAGAAACUGAAUGUUCCAGGUCAAAAACUCUGCCAGAACUAGAGAUGAGGUUAAAAAAAAAACACUAGAAUUUUCUGGUCUUAUUUCAGAGUUCCAACAUUUUAAAAAAUCUAUAUCUUCCCAUUUGCUGUUAUAGUACCUGCACAGAAUUCCCUGGAAGGUGAAAUCCUUGUUUGCUUUAAUGUAUUCAGAAACUCACCAUUAUUUAAGCCUGAUUGUCGGGAAUUGAGGCGAGGGUUUGGCUGAGUUCGCCCGCUCUACCGCAAACGUUCAUUCUUUCUGCGUGGCGCUGAGGCUAUGAACUAAUCCAGCUGCUGAGUGUUUUUGCCCCACUGGUGUGAGGAACCGGUGCUGAGGCUUGUGCCUGCUCUGGCUGCUUCAGGAGCAGAUCUGGGAACUCCGUCUAGUUCAGAAUGCUGUUGGCUUUCUCUCUCUCUCUAGGCAGUGGUUUUUGGUCCUCUUUUUGAAAAUUGGGUUAUUCAGGUUUCUUGCUUUGUUGCUGCCUGUAAGCAGACAAAUCUCAAGA